CUCACGUCCACUUUUGGAAUUGAUACCACAGCAACUGGAAGUUAGUUACUGGAGUCCAAAUCUCGGAAAGAAACUAGGCUUGCGACGCCUCGGGAUUGGAAAGGUGCGCCGAAUCCCCGGGCAUGCCACGAGGGAGCGGGUCCUUAUUAUGCAGUCCUCGUCCACUCCUCUUGCAUCCCGUUCUUGUUCUCAUUCCGCACUCCAUCGAUCGACAUGAAGGCCGCCACCUUGCUUGGAGCCGCCUUUGCGGCAGCCACCGUCCACGCUGGUGUGCGCUGCCGGGAUCUCACCCAGUCGCGAGAACUGGCCGAUCUCAUCGACCAGGCCAAGUCCCGGGUCAUUCAAGAAUUGACUGACAAGGAGAACGAGCUCCGGGACCGCGGCGAGACACCCAGUUGUACCGUCAAGAACCUUGUCUUCCGUCGGGAGUAUGGCUCGCUAUCCAAGGAGGACAGACUCGCCUAUGUCAACGCCGUCAAGUGCCUGCAGAGCAAGCCCCCGCGCACACCCGAGAGCGUGGCGCCGGGCGCCAAGUCGCGGUUCGACGACUUCGUGGUGACGCACAUCCAGCAGACGCUCAACAUCCACUACUCGGGCGUGUUCCAGCCGUGGCACCGCUGGUUCGUCCACCAGUACGAGAAGGCCCUGCGCGACGAGUGCGGCUACACGGGCUACCAGCCGUACUGGGACUGGCCCAAGUACGCGCGCGCGCCGCAGAACUCACCGCUCUUCAACGGCGACCCCACCAGCCUCGGCGGCAACGGCGAGUACAUCCCGCACGACGGGCCCGUUAUCGUCCCGCCCCCCGGCGUAGGCGGCGGCAACAUCUCCCUCCCCGCCGGCGUGGGCGGCGGCCUCGUCAAGACGGGCCCCUUCGCGGACAUGGUAGUCAACCUGGGUCCCGUCGGGGGGCUGGCGGACACGGCACCGGGACCGCUCGGCGGGCUGGGCCACAACCCGCGCGGGCUCAAGCGCGACCUGGGCGGGGCGAUGAACAUGCGGUACGCCAACUACACGACGGUGCUGCAGCUGCUGACGCGGCCGGACGUGGACCAGUUCCGCAUCGUGUCCGAGGGCGUCCCCUACACGGUCGAGAUCGGCCCCCACGGCGGCAUCCACUACACCAUCGGCGGCGACCCGGGCGGCGACCUCUUCACCUCCCCCGGCGACCCGGCCUUCUGGGUCCAUCACGGCCAGAUGGACCGCGUCUGGACCAUGUGGCAGGCCCUGGGGCCCGGCCCUGCGCGGUAUACGGAUUUGGGGUCGGGUUCGUAUGCCCACCGGACGUGGGGGAACGAGCCGCCGUCGGACUUGGCCGAGUUGGGGGAUGUUAUUGAUAUGGGCACCUACACUUUGUCCGCCAUUCGGAGUGCUGGAACGUGGUACACCACUGGCACUUGCGCGACCUUCACGGCCACUCCGAGCGGUUCAGGCUUCGCCUUCACUUCCAACAAAAGCAAGUGCGCCAUCUCAAGCAGCAACGCGCUGACAUGUUCGUUUUCUAUCACGACCGCGACUGUCUUUACGUACGGCGGCACAAACUUCAAGUACGGCGCAAGCUCCUCAUUUUAUGCGACCUCGGCGCCGACCGGAAGCACGCAGCCGACAGUCUAAACGCCGUCAAACACCGUAUCGCCGAAGAUUGCGUGGCAAGAUAUCUGACGGAUUUGAGCAUAUGCCAUGGCCUUCGCUACACAUGGAUAGGUAGUUUUCUUUACUUUUCGCCGGGUGCCAAACACCGUCGCCUUAAUAUGAUGUAGGGAACGGCGAGGGCCUUUUUAUGUACAGUUUAACCAAGACGCAAACGGUGCCAUUAAUGGGUCGUCGUCUUUGAACCAUGCAACCAUCUCUCUUCGUUCUAUAAAUUCGUUUCAAGGCAGCAUCUUUCCCAAUGUUAAUAUGUUGCUCCCACCUUGGUUUUCCCAUCUUGUUCAUGCUGGAUGCCUCAUUCUCUUGUGAACCAACCCGCCGGGAAAGGCAGGGUUCCAUUUCAGAAGGCCCCCUUUUCUGGCCCAUUUCACAGCUCACCAAGCACGGCAGGCUUGCGCUUGUCGAAGAACAAGGAUACAACCAACACAGCGAAGAACUCAUGUCCAGU